UUCCAGCGCGAUGGAAAAAAAGUUGGUGAAAGUUUGUCGCUGAUGGAGCGGGCGGUGAGGCGCUAAUAUCUGCUCGAUUAUACACGAUAUUACACACGAAAAGGAGAUUUAUUUCACACGGACUCGCCACGAACUCCGUUUUCUUUCAUUGUCGAUCGGAAUUUGAACUUUUAAGGCUUGAUUGUGUGAAUCGGACGGUUAAAAUGCCGCAGCCCGUGUGCGCUGUGGUCCUCGCGCUGCUGUUAUUUCUCUGCUCGGGGUUGAAAGUGGUUCGCGGAGACUCGGAUGUUUCGGAACCAGAACCCUGUCCGUCUGUGUGCUCGUGUGUCGGGUCUGUAGUGGACUGUAGUCGAUUGAAACACGGCAGGAGUGUGGAGCGGCUCCCCGCGUGGAUCACACAUCUGGAUCUGAGUCAUAACAAGUUACGCACAUUUCCUGAAGCGCUGACCGGCGGUCUGCAGUACCUCAGUGAAGUAAAACUGAAUAAUAAUGAGUUUGAGGUGAUGCCAUAUUUGGGGCCAAACGCAGGAAACCUGAGCAGUCUCGUUCUAGCUAACAACAAAAUCUCGAGGAUAUCGUCAGAGCAGCUCAGUUCGUUGAUUGCCUUGGAAACGCUGGACCUUAGCAACAAUAAUAUUAUGGAAGUGCGCGCUGGAGCUUUUCCUCCUCUACCUCUGAAGAACCUAUUCAUGAAUAAUAACCGUAUUUCCACGCUGGAGCACGGCUGCUUCAGUAAUCUGUCCAGCUCGUUACUGGUGUUGAAACUCAACAAAAACCGUCUGAACUCCAUCCCCGCCAAAAUCUUCCAGCUCCCUCACCUGCAGCACCUGGAGCUGAGCAGGAACCGCGUGAGGCGUAUCGAGGGUUUGACGUUUCACGGGCUGCAUGGCCUGCGCUCUCUGAAGAUCCAGAGGAACGGCAUCACGCGACUGAUGGACGGAGCGUUCUGGGGUCUCAGUAACAUGGAGCUCCUGCAGUUGGAGUAUAAUAACCUGACGGAGGUGAGUAAGGGAUGGCUGUACGGUCUCCUCAUGCUGCAGCAGCUGCAUCUGUCACACAACACCAUCAGUCGCAUUAAACCCGAUGCAUGGGAGUUCUGCCAGAAGCUCGCUGAGCUUGAUGUGAGCUGGAACCGUUUGACUCGUCUGGACGAGGGCAGUUUCGUUGGACUUAGUGUCCUCGAGCAGCUUCACAGCGGAAACAACCACAUCAGUUUCAUCGCUGACGGCGCAUUCAGAGGCCUGAGCAACCUACAGACACUAGAUCUCAAGUAUAAUGAAAUCUCGUGGACGAUUGAGGACAUGAACGGCCCUUUCUCUGCUCUGGACAACCUGAGGAAACUGUUCCUGCAAGGCAAUCGGAUUCGAUCGGUCACCAGGAAGUCCUUCACAGGUCUGGAGACGUUGGAGCAGCUGGAUUUGAGUAACAACGCCAUCAUGUCAGUGCAGUCCAACGCUUUCUCACAGAUGAAGAAACUCUUGGAGCUGCACCUGAACACGUCCAGUCUGCUGUGUGACUGCCAGCUCAAGUGGUUUUCUCCGUGGGUGGCAGAACAUGCGUUUGUGCCUCUGGUGAACGCCAGCUGUGCUCAUCCACAUCUGCUGAUGGGGAAAAGCGUUUUUACCGUCGCUCAGGACGAGUUUGUGUGCGAUGAUUUCCCCAAACCUCAAAUCACCGUUCAGCCCGAGACACAAUCCGCAAUCAAAGGCACAAACGUGACGUUUGUUUGUUCGGCUGCGAGCUCCAGCGACUCUCCGAUGACCUUCGCCUGGAAGAAAGACAACGAGGUGUUGAACGAUGCAGAGAUUCACAAUCAGGCUCACCUGAGGUCACAGACGGGAGAGGUCAGCGAGGUCACGGAAUACACCACCACCCUGCAGCUCCGUAACGUGGAGUUCACCAGUGAGGGCAAAUACCAGUGCGUCAUCUCCAAUCACUUCGGAUCAUCCUACUCCACCAAAGCCAAACUCACCGUCAAUAUGCUGCCGUACUUUACAAAAAUGCCGAUGGAUCUGACAACCCGCGCGGGAGCAAUGGCGCGACUGGAGUGUGCCGCGAGUGGACAUCCAUCGCCUCAGAUCGCUUGGCAGAAAGACGGCGGAACGGAUUUCCCAGCGGCUCGUGAGCGACGGAUGCAUGUCAUGCCGAAAGACGACGUGUUUUUCAUUGUAGACGUUAAAACGGAGGACAUCGGCGUGUACAGCUGUACGGCUGAAAACACAGCCGGGGCAAUAUCCGCUAAUGCUACGCUAACUGUGUUAGAAACUCCAUCUUUCUUGCGUCCGCUGAUGGACCGUACGGUAGUCAAAGGUGAGACGGCGGUGUUGCAGUGUAUCGCGGGUGGCAGUCCUCCUCCACGACUCAACUGGACUAAAGACGAUCACCCGCUCGUCGUCACGGAGCGACACUUUUUCGCUGCAGGAAACCAGCUGCUCAUCGUCGUAGACGUCACAGAGGGAGACGCCGGGACGUACACGUGCGAGAUGUCCAACCCACUGGGCACAGAACGCGGGAACGUCCGUCUGGCCAUCCUGCCCAAUCCCAACUGUGACUCGAGUCCGGCGGGGGGCGGAGCUCUGGGGUCACGCUUAGGCGAAGACGACGACUGGACGACAGUGGGCAUCGUGAUCAUUGCUGUGGUGUGUUGUGUGGUGGGCACGUCUCUCGUGUGGGUCGUCAUCAUAUAUCACACACGCAGACGCAACGAAAACUGCAGCGUCACCAACACAGAUGAGACGAAUCUUCCAGGGGACAUCCCGAGCUACCUCUCGUCUCAGGGCACACUAGCCGAGCGUCAGGAUGUUUAUAUCUCCUCAGAGAGCGGCAGCAGUCAUCAGUAUAUCGGCUCAUCUAUAGGAGGAUUUUACAUGCCGCCUAAAGACAGUCUCUGUCAUCUGGAAACAGGAAGUGAGGUGGACAUGGAGGCGUCAAUUGACCCUCUGUUGUGUCAUUAUCAAGGGCCGGUGGGAUCUCUGCUGAGACGAGGAAACCGCUACAGUCCAGAUUUUACGGAUAUAUAUGCAGCCUGUCCAUCAGAGCAGCGCUUCCUGUGCAGAGACUCCUACAGCACUUCCUCCAGGACGAGAGAUCUGUAUGGCUGCACCAGCGAGCCGUUUGAUCACAUGAUGCAGCUGCCCGCCGCUGGACUUCACCAGCAGACAGACACUUCCUGUCCUGAGGACUGUGAGCGGGGAGAGUGCGUGCUGUCCGGAGGCUCGUCUGGCUCUUAUAUGGGGACGUUUGGAAAAGCGCAGUGGAGGCCGCAGCAGGAGAGGAGCUCUCAUAACGAGAAUCCAUACACUGACCUCCAUACCGACUCAGACCUCGGAGACGAGCACACGGGCCGUGUUACAGCAGACCCGGAUGCUAGUGUGUAUGAACAGCCCUUCGAUAACAGCAGGACUAUAGAGAGCUUUUAUGCAUCGCAGCCGGUGUCUUAACGCCACAUGGGCACAGUCAUGUGACUUGACAAUUCAACACGAGAGAAACCAAAAACUCAAUAAUUGUUCUACCUCAGAAAGGAGCUUCGCCUGAAUGUAAACAGAGACACACGGGGAAUCACAAGAGACUGAUCGAGAGAAACAUUUGUACAUUUUAUGCAGAAUUAUUAUAUUUUGUAAAAUUAAAAGUGUAAAUAUUAUUUUUGCUACUAUAUUUCCUUAAAGGAAUAUUCUGUAUUCAAUACGAGUUGAGCUCAAUCGACAGCGUUUGUGUCAUAAUGUUGAUCAUUAACACACAAAUUAAUUUCGACUCGUUCCUCGUUUUCUUUAAAUGUGUUCCAGUGUGACACUUCCAAUGCAAGUCAAUGGGGUUUAAUCUGUCAACAUUAAAAUACUGUUUCACAAGUAUAGAGACAAGACAUAAACAAUAUGUGUGUGAACAUGAUUUUACUGUCAUUAAAUCACUCACUGACCAGAUCUGUGUGAAGAUAUAGACAAUUUAUAACUCCGUUGCCAUGACGACGCAACACUGUAAAUCCUCAAACGACUGAAAAAAUGACAAUUUAAGCAACUUUACAUCAAAUAAUACACACGAGUUUAACAGAAGAAUUAAUGUGAGUGCUUUUAUAAAAUUAUUAGCGUCACUUUAUUUUAAUGUAAACCUCCAAAAAUUGACCCCAUUGACUUCAAUUGUAAGUGUCUCACUGCAGUGGAGUGGCCAUUUUUUUUAAAUUGGAGAUAAUUCUUUGACUUCCAAUAUUUAUUUAUAAACUAGUAUAAUAAAUGCAUAAUCUCGGGGGUCUGUGUAUCUCAGUGAGUAUUGACGCUGACUAUCACACCUGCAGUCGUGAAUUUGAAUCCAGGGCGUGCUGAGUGACUCCAGUCAGGUCUCCUUAGCAACCAAAUUGGCCCAGUUGCUAGGGAGGGUAGAGUCACAUGGGGUAACCAAAUUGGCCCGGUUGCUAGGGAGGGUAGAGUCACAUGGGGUAACCAAUUUGGCCCAGUUGCUAGGGAGGGUAGAGUCACAUGGGGUAACCAAUUUGGCCCAGUUGCUAGGGAGGGUAGAGUCACAUGGGGUAACCAAAUUGGCCCGGUUGCUAGGGAGGGUAGAGUCACAUGGGGUAACCAAAUUGGCCCGGUUGCUAGGGAGGGUAGAGUCACAUGGGGUAACCAAAUUGGCCCGGUUGCUAGGGAGGGUAGAGUCACAUGGGGUAACCAAAUUGGCCCGGUUGCUAGGGAGGGUAGAGUCACAUGGGGUAACCAAAUUGGCCUGGUUGCUAGGGAGGGUAGAGUCACAUGGGGUAACCAAAUUGGCCCGGUUGCUAGGGAGGGUAGAGUCACAUGGGGUAACCAAAUUGGCCCGGUUGCUAGGGAGGGUAGAGUCACAUGGGGUAACCAAAUUGGCCCGGUUGCUAGGGAGGGUAGAGUCACAUGGGGUAACCAAAUUGGCCCGGUUGCUAGGGAGGGUAGAGUCACAUGGGGUAACCAAAUUGGCCCGGUUGCUAGGGAGGGUAGAGUCACAUAGGGUAACCAAUUUGGCCCGUUGCUAGGGAGGCUUUGCCUCAUUGUAACAGAUUUUUCAUUUUCAUUUUUUUUAUAGAAGUGGGACGAGUGUAAAUGAAUAGUUUGUGUUAAUAAUCAACAUUAUGACACAUAUGCCGUCGGUUGAGCUGAACUCAUAUUGAACCCGGAAUAUUCCGUUAAAGCAUACGCCUAUUGUGUGCAGAACCAAUAUAUGACUUUAUGUACAAACAUACAAGCUCAUCCGUUUACGAAGAGUCUAAACAUGUCUGUUGCCGUGGGGUUGACAUGGACACGGUUUAUAAUGUUUAUUCAGCUUCAUGCUUUUGCCUUUUUGCAUUGAAUAAAGCAUCUGCACAAUAAACACUCCCGUGAGCUGCU